CACAAAGCGGAGCAGAACCGGCACCUGUCUUCUCCUUUGUCUUCACUCUUUUUUUUCUGCUGCUGCCAUCACCGCUUCACCUCUACAGUUUCCACCUUGUGGCAUCAGACCUGCUCCGUCAAUGUGGAGACCUCGGAGGCUCGGUGGAGACGAAAUCUGGAGCUGAAGGAGAGUGACCCGAGGAGGACAACGGAAGACGCAAAGAGACGAAGAUGAUCCACUCAAAUCACUCCAUCCACUCUGUGUUCUGCUGCUGCUGCGCUCUUCAGACCAGGGAGAUCAGCACCCAUGUGGAGCUGGAGGGCAGGACUUCGUUGUGUUUCCCCAAAAGGCGAUACCCGGGGCAACCGUGGCGGGUUGACCGGUCCAGGAAGAAACUUCCCCUUCCCCCACCCGAGGGAGAGGACGGCGAGGGGGACGGGCUGAUCAGCGUAGUUGCUAUGUACGACUUCACAGCCAAAGAAGACAGCGACCUGACUCUCAAACAGGGGGAAGAGUACGUCAUCCUUCACAAGCAGGACCAGCUUUGGUGGCGAGCGCAGGACAAACACGGGAAUAAAGGCUUCAUCCCCAGCAACUAUGUGACAGAAAGAGGCCGAAUCGAGGCAAACCCAUGGUACUGCAAAAACAUCACCAGGACGGAAGCAGAGCGGCUGCUGAAACAAGAGGACAAAGAAGGCGGUUUCAUCGUGCGGGAGUCCAGUCAGAAGGGGGUGUACACAGUGUCUGUUUACACUAAAACACAGAGCUCCACUGGAAAUGUUAGACAUUACCAGAUUAAAGUAAAUGACACAGGACAGUUCUACCUGGCUGAAAAGUACACCUUCAACUCCAUACCAGACGUUAUACACUACCAUGAGCACAAUGCAGCCGGCCUCGUUACAAGGUUACGAUAUCCAAUUGGACCGAUGGGACGGUGUGUGCCAGCCACAGCAGGCUUCAGCUCAGAAAAGUGGGAGAUCAACCCGAGCGAGCUGACCUUCAUGAAGGAGCUGGGCUGUGGCCAGUUUGGGGUGGUGAGGCUGGGCAAGUGGAGGGCUCAGCAAAGAGUGGCUAUAAAGGCCAUCAGGGAGGGCGCCAUGUACGAGGAGGACUUCGCCGAGGAAGCUAAAGUCAUGAUGAGGCUGUGCCACCCAAAGCUGGUGCAGCUGUAUGGGGUUUGCUUGAAGCAGAACCCUCUGCUGAUUGUGGCAGAGUUUAUGGAAAACGGCUGUCUUCUCAAUUUCCUGCGCCAGAAGUGUGUGAAUCUGAGUGAGGAAAUGCUUCUGUCUAUGUGCCAGGACGUCUGUGAAGGGAUGGAGUACCUGGAGGCACACAGCUUCAUCCACAGAGACCUGGCAGCAAGAAACUGUCUUGUUAAUGAGCACAACGUGGUUAAAGUCAGUGACUUUGGAAUGACCAGAUAUGUUCUGGACAACCAGUACACCAGUUCAACUGGAGCCAAGUUCCCGGUGAAGUGGUCCCCCCCAGAAGUUCUUCACUACAGCAAAUACAGCAGCAAGUCGGACGUCUGGUCCUACGGUGUGGUGAUGUGGGAGAUCUUCUCGGAGGGUCGGACUCCGUUUGAGAACCGCUCCAACAUGGAGGUGGUGGCCGACAUCACCAGAGGGAUUCGGCUGUACCGGCCGCACCGAGCCUCCAAGCAGCUGUACACCAUCAUGUACCAGUGCUGGCACGAGACGGCUCAGGGUCGACCAUCCUUCUCAGAUCUCCUGGAGGACAUCAGAAAACUAGCGGAAAAAGCAGAAUAACAUAAACACGAUUCUCUUGCUGUCGUCAAACUGUUUUAGUUUCUCCUACAUUUUAAUCAUGUAAAU